CUUAGUAUGGCAUCCGAUUACUUUUUCCCCAACCUCGGUGGUGUCGAAUCUCAUAUCUAUAUCUUAGCUCAGAAAUUGAUAAAACGGGGUCACAGAGUCAUUAUCAUCACUCAUGAUUAUGGUAACAGAUGCGGAAUCAGACACCUCCCAGCUGGCCUCAAAGUUUACCAUGUCCCACUCGGCACACUACCAUUUUCAAGUUCUGCUGCGACACUUCCUAACCUAUUCUGUUGUCUACCUCUGAUUCGGACUAUCUUGAUUCGGGAAAGGAUCGAAAUAUUUCAUGCUCAUCAAGCCAUGAGCUCACUAGGGCUCGAAUCAGUGAUGCAUGCGAAAACCCUACAUGUAGGUAUUCGGACUGUCUUCACCGAUCAUUCACUGUUUGGUUUGGGUGGAGGUGGAUGGGGAGAAGUCACUGGAAAUAAAAUCGUCAAGGGUAUCCUGAGUGAUAUAGAAGCAGUCAUUUGUGUAAGCCAUACUGGAAAAGAAAACUUGGUUUUGAGAGCUCUUUUGAACCCAGAUUUGGUUUACGUCAUCCCGAAUGCAAUUGUUGCCGAUAGCUUUAAGCCGGACUCAGGAAAACCUUUAUACAAAGGAGUGACGAUUGUUUGUGUCUCAAGGCUGGCUUAUCGAAAGGGUAUCGAUCUUUUGAUAGCAGCCAUUCCAAAAGUGUGUGCAGCACAUCCUGAGGUUCAAUUUUUGAUCGGAGGAGAUGGACCAAAAAUGAUCGAACUAGAACAAAUGAAAGAAAAACAUCAAUCAGUGAUUUCACCUAAUCAAGUUGAAUUAUUAGGACCAAUCCGAUCAGAUCAAGUUAGAGAUCUAUUAGUAAGAGGUGAAAUUUUCUUAAAUACCUCUUUGACCGAAGCAUUUGGGAUGACAAUCCUUGAAGCAGCUUGUGCUGGAUUGUUUGUGGUUUCUACUAAUGUUGGAGGUAUUCCUGAGGUUUUACCUGAUGGAUUGAUCGAGUUUGCUCAGCCUGAGGUCGAAGAUCUUGUGAGGGCUAUUGAUCGGGCAAUCGAUAUUAUUUGUUCUGGAAAGCAUGAUCCUAUCAAAGUUCAUGAGCGCGUCAAGGGUAUGUAUAGUUGGGCAGAUGUGGCGAUUCGAACAGAGAAAGUUUAUGGAGACGCAAUGGAAAUUGAACCAUGUCCGCUGGUUGAACGAUUGAGAAGGUUUAUCUAUUUUCUUUGUUACUUUUGUCAAAGGUUAUAUCAGUCAGAAUUGAAUUAA